AAAAAAAAAAAAAAAAAAAAAAAAGACAGGACAGUCUUGCAUCGCUUCACAGCUCAUUUACUAAAGCCAUCGAAUUGCAUCACCCGCCUAUUAUUUGUUAUAUUCUACCGUCUAAAAAAGAGUGCUUAGAACAUUGAUUUAAUUUUACAAGGCUCGCUCAAUGACUAUUCUACCGCUCAACUCCACGCCUGGAAGGAACACACCAACACAACAGAAUGCAUCCUAUUUUCCUACACAAGGAGGGCCAACGAUUGGCAUACCAAGUGCAUACGAUGCUUACGGUGGAAGGAAAGCAGAUGCAGGAAGUGGAUAUGGAUUUGGUGGCAUGAGUAGCGCUAGCAACAGUUCCAGCAGCGGAAGAAUUCACCACGGAGGACGACCCCAUGGAUCUGGAGGUAUUUCAGGUUUUGUACCUUUGUUCCUAAGGAGAUUGUUUCGUUUUCCACAUAUGGAUUUUCAGUUUGCAUUAUGGCAAAUGGUUUAUCUCUGUAUAUCACCAAGGAUAGUAUAUCGCAAUAUUCAUUAUCACAAACAAACUAAGAAUCAAUGGGCACGGGAUGAUCCAGCAUUCAUGGUGAUUCUUUCAGGGAUAUUGGGAUGCUCCGCUAUCGCAUGGGGUUUAGUUUAUGGACACGGAAUGAUGGGUAUCCUUCGCAUGAUGCUUUAUAUGGUCUUUGUAGAUUUCGUGGUCAUCGGACUUAUUGUUGCAACGAUUUGCUGGACAAUCGCCAACCGCUUCCUCACACGAGUAAGCGUUUACUCAACUGACCAAACGGUUGAAUGGCAAUAUGCCUUCGAUAUUCAUUGCAAUGCGUUCAUGCCUGUGAUUGCACUCUUGUACAUCAUCCAAAUGGUGUUCAUGAAAGUUCUGCUCAAGGAUUUCUGGAUAUGUAGUUUACUUGGCAAUACUCUUUAUCUGACCGCGAUUGUUUACUACUGCUAUAUUACAUUCUUGGGCUAUAAUGCUCUUCCAUUUGUUAGGCACCCGGAGAUGUUCUUAUACCCCAUUACGAUCUUUGUUAUCUUUUAUGUUAUAGUAUUGAUCCUUGGCGUCAAUAUCAGCGCCAAAGUUUUGACAUUAUACUUUGGAUAGCUAUCGAGAGGGGGGGGG